UGGAAGUGCUCAAAUAUAGUAUUCACUCAAAUGCAUUUUUCCAGUCACGGUAUUCUGACUGAAAUAUGAGUUGGCGAGGAAGAAGAUAUAGACCAAGACGAUGUUUACGACUUGCUCAGCUGGUUGGGCCUAUGCCUGAGCCCAGUGUGCCAGAGCCUCAACAAGAAGGACCACCAACUGAAAGUCAGGAUCAUAUACCUGGUCAGAAGAGAGAAGAAGAUCAGGGUGCAGCUGAGAUUCAAGUGCCCGACCUGGAAGCUGAUCUCCAGAAGCUGUCUCAGUCAAAGACUGGAAAUGAAUGCGGAGAUGGUCCUGAUGUCCAGGGGAAGAUUCUGCCAAAAUCAGAGCAAUUUAAAAUGCCAGAAGGAGGGGAAGGGAAACCACAGCUUUAAACAAAGACAACCGAAAGAAUGCAAACUGGAUUUAUCCGAGAUAUUUGACUUUUAAAAAUCUCAAUAAAGUUUUCCAGUUUUCUCC